CGGCCGAUCACACGUGCAAAAUGCAUUUUCUAUUUCUACUUUAAGCAGGAAUUAUUCAAUUAGCUGCUUUAUAAGUCGAAAGGUGUAGUUGGAGGAAUAAUUUCUAGUCCUUAGCCUCAUUGACAGAUAGAUUUAUUUAUCCAGAAACAAUUAUUUUGUGAUAUAUAGAAUUAAAGAUGGUACAAAACGAUAGUUCAAAUUCGGGUGACGAGAGUGCUCCUGCGUUCAUUAAUCCCGCAAAAGGCAUCGAAAGUGGAAAUUACUGUUUGAUCGGAUGGAGCAUAGACACUACCGGAAGACGACUCAUCGACGAAAUAUGCCAGAUCGCUGCAUACACCCCCAAAAGCCAAUUCUCCCAAUACAUCAUGCCCCAUGCCGACUUAAACCCAAUAUUCAGCCAGAAACACAACAUUCGGAUUAUUAACACAGUGCGCUUUAGGCGCUUAAAAGAUAUGAAGACCAACCAAUAUGUUAAGACCAAGAGUGAAUUGUCCGCUCUACAAGACUUCCUACAAUGGCUCGAAGAAGCUAAAGGUGACAGUGAUGGGGUCAUCCUAGUCUAUCACGAGUUCAGAAAGGCAUCACCUGGCAUGCUUCUCGAGGCACUCAGAAGACGUAACAUGCUUGAGCAAUUCAACAAUUUAGUCAAGGGCUUUGCAAAUAGCUUUAACAUUGCUCAAGCUAAAUGUGCAAACACCACAAAAUCAUUCAGUCUACGGGUCAUGUCCAAAGUAUUAUUAAAUAAGGAAGAUGAAGUGUACAGCAGUGCUGUUGACCGUGCCAGGGCUUCAUAUCAAAUCGCUGAACAUCUGGCCCAAAGUGAGAGACAGGAACUAGAAGGAAAAGGGGACGGAGACAACACUGACAUGAUGCCCCUCCUCAUUAAUUUAGUUUGCCCUUACACCAACUCCAUAUCUGCAGAGGAAGAAGAAAUUACAGCCUUCAAGCUGUUGUUGGAAGUGCAGAAUACCUACAGACCUGUGUUUGGUGCCUUAUUGAAAGCUAGCAGAAUUGAAAGACAGAAAGCCAGCCACUUGAGAAGGCUGUUGGCUAUGAAUAACAUCAGCUAUGACAAAUCCAAGGAAGCAUAUGAAAAGGAUGCAAAAGAAGGUUUAGAGAAACUGAUUAAGAAUGAGAUUGCUAAUGCCAAAGAAAAUGAGAUACAGGAUCUGUUAGAAAUUUUGGAUUGUUACUUUGACCCAGACAAGAAGCCAAUCCAGCCAAAGGCGAGGCCCACCUACAACAACAACAACAAUCGGGGUCCGCGCAGGAGGUCGUUCAACAAACCAAAGACUUCGAUUUCAGAAUCAAGCCCAGAAAAUCCGGAGACUUCGCCGGGAACGAACCAAGAAGAGGUUUCCGCCUCCACUGUGGAGAUAAAGACGGAACCUGUGGAAGCUCAUUAGUGCCUUUUUUCCUUGUUGAUAACCAGGUGUUGUCCUUCGCCUUUUACGUUACUGGGCUGCUACGGCCGUUCUUAUGCCGUCAGGAUUGCGCCGUUUGUUUAACUAAAAGGUGAGGGAUGGUUCAGUUGUAAAUAACACACUUUCGUUGGCUUUAUUAAUCAAUAAAUGUUGACUCUUCGUUUUGCAGAAUUUAUUUUUAUUUAAUUUUUAAUAACGAAAGUUGUGGAUAUCUGAUAAUGACAUAUAAAAAUAUUGAUAUAAUAUUUAAUGUUAUAUAGUUGCAUUUUUUAAGAGAGGUUUUUUUAUGUUUUAAUCGAUUCGUCUUCGAUUUUUUUUAUUUUGUGAUAAUAGGUGAAUUUAGUAACAAUGUAGAGUAUUUUUGUUACAUACAUACCUGUUAUUUAUUAAUGAGUUUAAUAAAGUUUAUUAUAUUAACAAUAAA